AUGAGAAGUCAUGAAGGGCAAUAUUCGCCCGGUCCUUGUAGGUGGGAAGAAUGCUCGCCUAUUCCAUUCGAUCUCGCCUCACGCCUUAAUCCAAACUUGAUAAAGUUUCUGCGGUCGGCGAAAGCCACAGUAUUCGAUCCUGAUUCGGAUUUUCAUCUCUUCUAUUACCUACGAGGACUGCAUGGGAAAGAUCAAUUGUUUGCUCCGGAAUCUUCACUUGGAUCGUGGGGCGAUCGUUAUAUAUGGUUAUAUCCUUCAACACGAACGAAGAGUGAUGAAGAAGUUGGGAUAGUAUUCGAUCAGAAGACUGAGCUAUCCUCUUUUGUCCCAGACUGGGAAGAUAUGGCCUGGUCUGACAGAGAUCGGUGGCCAUGGCGACCUUUACAAAACAUCCUGAAAACUUGUUCAGAGAUGUUUGAUGACGGAAAAAUAACAACAUAUUCGGAUCGUCGAAAAGAAUUUAUGGAGCCUUCUUUUGGACAAUUCCCCUGGGAAAUUCACCAACACACUCCAAUGGACGUGGAGAAGGCUGUCAGUGCCUUUACUCGACUUCUCGAUGCUAUUGAGAUCAGACUUCCACCUUUGACACAUUCUUUCGAGGAUUGUGACCAGGAAAAGCCAAGCCUGGAAGGCAUAUCUCUCCCAUAUCCCAAAGCGGCCAUUGAAGCGUCUUCCAUAGAAGCGGCCUCGUUUCUCGAACAUUUCCUCUUGAAUUUUCCUAUCCGACAUCUCAGCUUUCGCUAUAUUGCCCCUGGCAUUCAACUCCAAAAUUCGACCGAGUUUACAAAUCAACCGCUUGCCCACCGUGGCCACGACUGUGGGAUUCCAAGCUUGGACAGCACCGACCAAACGACACCACACCCUCUACUCUUGUUUCGAGGGGAGAGAGACAACAAGUCGCCUUGGAAUCAACCCGGGCUUAUUUACAGUCCUGACAGGGACACGAAGAACAUUCCAUCUGGUUUAUACAUAGAGCCAGCCGACGAAUAUUUCAACUGGGAAUCUGGCAACCAGGCUCGGCUCCUGUUGCCCUUUAACAUCGGCAGCAAUGGAUUUGCUCGAAGUAGCAAUGGUGUUCCAUUCAAAAAUGCUAGAUUUUCCGGAAUCGAACAACCUGACCAGCUUUACCAGGAGGACCUUUUUAGUGGCUACAGUGGUUAUUUACCUUGGGAUUCGCGUAGCUCAUAUCUACACAAAGUUUUGGAAAGUUGGGCUGAACGGGUAGAGAUGGGUGAUUGGGAAGUGGACCAAGACGGCGUGAUCGGUGGAAUUGAUAAAUUCAAAGAGGCUGACACAGAAGAGCAUUGGAGAGAAUAUAUUAUCCCUUGGUGA